ACAGCGAACAAGGAAUACAUGAACGGGGUAUCCUGAAUAAACUCUUUGUGGAGUCAGACUACAACAAACAUGAACGACCAAUAGAAAAGGAGUCUGACCCAAUAGAAGUUCAGUUCGGCAUCAUCUUGCAGCAGAUAAUUGAUGUGGAUGAAAAGAGCCAGAUAAUCCACACCAAUAUCUGGAUACAGCUG